UCGUGAGAAGCUACAUAGCAUCUCAUCUCAACACCACCAUCUGGCGCUCGGAUCAGACCUCCAGCAUCGAAGUCCGAUCAUCUCCAGUCUCUUUUGACUUCAUUUUCCAGUAGCUCUUUGCACGAUGUCGUCUUCAACCUUUGACUUUCCUGUCAUGACGGACACACGUCCCGAUGACCACACCCUCCCCGCCUUCAUGGUCUCAACCACGCGUGGCUUCCUUCCUCGUCAAGAGCCCAUCGUUGAGCUGCCAAAGGAGUUUGCCCCUCUUGAAUCCCUCUUGCAACGCAUGCCUAUCAAGACACUAUCAGGGGAGCCGGGUCUGCUGGCCAACUUCACCUUCGGCGACACACUACUCAAGGAGCUUCCUGACCUCACGCCAGAGGUAGAGAAGUAUCGCGAUGACCUUGUCGUCAUGAAUGCCCUGUACCGUGAUUACUCCUUCUUGGCCUCUGCAUAUCUCUUCGAGCCCUGCCACGAGAGGCACGUACGGGGAGAGGAAUAUGGGCUGGGCCGACAGUCGCUGCCGAGAAGCAUCGCGCUUCCCAUUGUCAAGGUCGCUGAGAUUGCCGGUUUCAAGCCAUUCAUGGAAUACGCUGGAUCUUAUGCGCUCUUUAACUACCGCCUAGAAGACCCAUCCAAGGGCCUCGAGUACGAUAACCUUCGCUUGAUCCGCGCUUUCGAGCAUGGUCUGGAUCCCACAUCAUCCGAGGCAGGCUUUGUUCUUGUUCACAUCGCCAUGGUCAAGGAGUCCGGCGCGCUUGUUACAGGUGCAUCCGAGAUGCUUGAGAGCUGCCUGGCCAAGGACCGAGAGCGAUUCAACGACGGUCUUCGUACUCUGGUCGGUGGCCUCAGGAAGGUCAAUGGCGUGAUGAACACGAUGUGGGGCCGUAGCAAGCCUCAAGGCUACACCAAUUUCCGUACUUUCAUCUUCGGUAUCACUUCGCAGUCGAUGUUCCCCAAUGGUGUCAUAUAUGAAGGAGUGAGCGAAGAGUCAAUGUCUUUCCGCGGCGAGUCAGGAGCCAACGACAGCAUGGUUCCCAUGUGCGACAACUUGCUCCAGGUCCAGAUGCCGGAAACACCCCUCACAGAUAUCCUGAAAGACUUCCGCCAGUACCGCCCUGGUAACCAUCGCGAGUUCUUGGAGGCUGUCCGUGAUUGCGCCCAGCAGUCUGGUGUACGCGAGUUUGCGAAAGGCGACUCGGUAUCAGCCGCACUGUAUCUCCAAGCUCUUGAUCAGGUGCGCGACUUCCGCUGGCGGCAUUGGUGCUUCACGCGCGAAUACAUCCUCAAGCACACAUCGCACCCAACCGCGACGGGCGGCAGCCCGAUUGUGACAUGGCUACCCAACCAGCUCACGGCAGUCCUCAGACAGAUGGUAGAAACAUCCGAGUACUGCAAAUCGGUCAACGGUGUUAGCGAUAUCAUGGACAAUGUCAACCAUCAACGCGAGACGCUGAGGAAGGAGGUGGAGAAGUACUGCGGAGAGCGGGGUGUUGCUGCAUCCAGCAUCCGUUACAGCGCCUUCCAGCACUUGCCACCUUCGAAUGCUUGCUGCCAGACAACUCAUGGAAUAUUCACACCUCUUCCGAUUACCGCGAAUACUAAACGUCUUAUUAAUACGGCGGACUAUACGGAACACGUCCUGACAUCCCCAACCCCACAUUCAUCACGACUAUCACCACGCAUCCCACCUGAGCGGCGGAAGGGAGAAUCUGCACUCAGCGAGUUUGCCGACUACGUGCAGAAGCAGCAAGCGCUGCGCCGACCGCCAGGCCAAGCCCCCGCCGUCCUCGAAGACCACGACGAGCUAAGCAUCUUGGACGAGCUCGGUCUCUCCGAUGACAACAAGACGCAUGUCCGCCUAAAGACGCUCCUUACCGACCCUGCCGAGGAAAACGUUGCAGCACUAGCUGAGCACAUCAAGGAACGUCUGGCAGAGGGUCAUGGAGAGGUCCUGUUCGAUGUUGGUAUGGAAGACAGCGGUGAUUCCAUGGGCUUCACCAAGAGUCAGUGGGAUUUCGCAUUGGAGAGGAUAAGGGCCGUUUGCGAACAGAUAAAGGCCGACUACAAAAUGCUCAUGACGCGGAACGUUGGUGGCGACGUUGAAGUUGGACCGCGCGAUGCGAAGGACACUGGAUUCAGUGGGAAAAUGAUCCUGCGACAACAGCCACAGAGUGUCGACGACGUGAUUGAGACGAGGAUAGCAGUGGUAGGAAAUGUCGACGCUGGCAAAAGCACCAUGCUGGGUGUCCUUGUUAAAGGCGGCCUCGACGACGGCCGUGGAAAAGCGCGCGUCAACCUCUUCCGCCACAAACACGAAAUUGAGAGUGGUCGAACUAGCUCAGUCGGCAUGGAGAUAAUGGGUUUUGACAGCAAGAGCGAAGUUGUUGUGUCCAACGUCGCGGGUCGAAAACUUACUUGGGAAGAGAUUGGACGGCGGUCGGCCAAAGUCAUCAGCUUCACUGACCUUGCAGGCCACGAGCGGUACUUGCGGACGACAGUCUUCGGGCUGCUGUCCAGCGAGCCCAAUUACUGUCUCUUGAUGAUCGCUGCGAACAACGGUUUGGUCGGCAUGAGCAAAGAGCAUCUAGGUAUUGCACUCGCGCUCAACGUGCCUGUCAUGGUGGUCAUCACCAAGAUCGACAUAUGUCCGCCACAAAUCCUCGAGCAGACCAUUACUCAGCUCACCAAAAUCCUUAAGUCUCCCGGCGCGCGAAAGAUUCCCAUCUUCAUCAAGAACAGGGAGGAGUGCAUCAACACCGCCACCCAAUUUGUUUCCAGUCGCAUAUGCCCCAUCUUUCAAGUUUCCAACGUCACUGGUCAUAACCUGGACCUGGUACGCAUGUUCCUCAAUGCGCUGCCCCACCAUGGCAAUUACGACAGCUCUGCGCCGUUGGAGUUCCACGUGAACGACACGUUCUCGGUCCCGUUCGUCGGUACCGUGGUUUCAGGAGUUGUAAAGUCUGGCGUCAUUCACUCUGGUGAUACAGUUUUGAUCGGUCCCGACAGUCUUGGCCAAUUCCAAACGACAAAGGUACGCUCCAUUGAGCGAAAACGGAUACAAGUCCCUGGUUGCUCCGCUGGCCAGUCUGGUAGUCUUGCGCUACGCAACGUUCGUCGAAAAGACGUACGGAAAGGCAUGGUCGUCUUGCAUAAAGCUGACAAGCCUGAUCCAACGACUGGUAUUCUCCCUAACCCCAAGGUGUACCGCGAGUUUGUUGCCGAAGUUUUGAUUCUAUCACACGCAACUACCAUCAAGACCAAGUAUCAGGCUAUGCUACAUGUUGGUCCUGUGUCCCAGACCUGUGCAAUAAUAGACAUCGACCGCCAGUAUAUCCGUACUGGUGAUCGAGCCCAGGUAGCCUUCCGUUUCGUACAGCGGCCUGAGUACUUGACUGUAGGUGAUCGAAUACUCUUCCGUGAAGGCAGGACGAAAGGACUGGGUAUUGUCAAGAGGGUCGGCUACGACCCCAAGCAUCCGCUGAACCCUGAAUUGCAUAAAGAUGACAAGGGGAAGGAGAAUCAGCCAGACGGCAAGAAGGUUGAAGCCUCAUGAUGGACCGCGAUACGAAGGGCUGCACAUCUUUCAUGUUGUCAAGAACAAGCUUAAUGUCCAUCUCGUAAUGCUAGAUACAAGCCAUAUUAACGAUCUCAACGUUCAAACUGUUC